AUGCAAAACUGGGCAGCAAGGCGGCUGGGCAAGGCCAGAGAAGAUGGGCCUUGCGGGAUGCGAUUGGGCGGCUCGAGAAGCUGGGCACGGCCAGUUUGGAAGGAGGUUCGCGGUCGAGGAGCUGGCUGGGCAGAUCCGGAAAAUUACGGCCGGGUGUUAUUGAAUGAAUGUAUACGACCGGGGCAAGGAGCUGGAAAAUACGGUCGGGCGAGGAUAUUGCGGUCGGGAUUUUUGAGCAGACAGGGCACGGGAAUUUGA